AUGGGCGUCGCCAAAAGGACGAGAAAAUUCGCGACGGCACGUGACCUUCAUGUGAAGCGCAUGAUUGGGAAGAGGGAUGACCGCCGUAAAGAAGAAGCCCUCAAGAAAGCCGAGCAGGAAAGGAAAAAGAAGGAGAAGGAGGCCGUGCGGGAAGUACCUCAGAUGCCGUCCUCAAUGUUCUUUGAGCACAACACUGCUCUGGUUCCUCCCUACCAAAUCCUAGUGGAUACAAACUUUCUUUCGAGAACAGUGGGCGCAAAACUUCCACUUCUGGAGUCGGCCAUGGAUUGUCUCUACGCUUCAUGCAACAUCAUCAUCACAUCUUGUGUCAUGGCUGAGUUAGAGAAGCUGGGACCAAGAUACCGUGUAGCACUGAUGAUCGCUCGUGAUGAGAGGUGGACUCGCUUGACCUGCGAUCACAAAGGCACAUAUGCAGACGAUUGUAUUGUCGACCGCAUACAAAAGCAUCGUAUCUAUAUCGUUGCCACAAAUGAUCGAGAUCUCAAGAGGCGGAUCCGUAAGGUCCCGGGUGUCCCGAUCAUGUCCGUACAGAAGGGAAAAUAUGCCAUUGAGAGGCUGCCGGGCGCCCCGGCCACUUGA